AUGUCCACGAUCGCAACCUUCUACGAAGGCAAGACCAUCCUCAUCACUGGGGCCACCGGCUUCCUGGGCAAGGUCCUUCUGGAGAAGCUUCUGCGCACGAGCCCUAACCUUAGGGUCAUCUGCAUCCUGGUGAGACCCAAGGCUGGGCAGACACCACAGCAGAGGGUGGACCAGAUGCUCAGCUGUAAGCUGUUUGAUAAAGUCAGAGAAGCGUGUCCAAACGUGCACAAGAAGAUCCGAGCCAUCUAUGCUGAUCUCAAACAUCAGGACCUGGGCAUUAGCACGGAAGACAUGCAGGAACUGCUGACCAGCACCAAUCUCGUCUUCCACAGUGCUGCCACUGUGCGCUUCAAUGAGUCCCUGAGAAAUGCUGUGCAGCUUAAUGUCAGAGCCACACAGAAUCUUAUGAACAUGGCCAGCCAAAUGCUCAGUCUUGAGGCCUUUGUCCACAUCUCCACUGCCUAUUCCAACUGCGACCUCAAGCACAUUGAAGAGGUAGUGUACCCAUGUCCUGUGGAGCCCCGACAAAUCAUCGCCACUAUGGAGUGUUUAGAUGAUGCCAUUAUUGAUGAAAUCACCCCCAAGCUGCUUGGGGACAAGCCCAACACCUACACCUAUACCAAGGCUCUAGGAGAGAUGCUAAUACAGGCAGAGGGUCGUAACAUCAACAUGGCCAUUGUCAGGCCCUCCAUCGUGGGCGCUACUUGGCAGGAACCUUUCCCAGGUUGGGUGGAUAGCCUGCAUGGACUUGGUGUGCUCAUAAUUGGGAUUGGGAAAGGACUGCUUCGCUAUCUGAAGGCUUCACCAAGGGCCGUGGCAGAUGUGAUCCCAGUGGACACCGUGGUCAACCUAAUUUUGUCUGUUGGCUGGUACACAGCAGUGCAUAGACCAAAAUCAACACGGAUCUACCACUGUACAUCAGGUGCCCUCAACCCCUGUAAAUUGGGUAAAAUGGGUGUGCAUGUCAUAGCCACCUUAGAGAAAGUUCCCAUGGAGCAAGCUUUCAGAAUACCCAAGGUCAGCUUCGCCAGUAGUACCUUGUCCAAGGUGUUUUGGAAUGCUGUCAGCCACAAAGGUCCUGCAGCCAUUUAUGAUCUGUUUCUAUGGCUCACAGGCAGGAAGCCCCGCCUCCUGAAGCUCAUGAACCGCCAUCUGUAUGCACUUGAUAUGAUCGAGUACUUUUUGAACCAAAGCUGGGAGUUUAGCAUGAACAACACGGAGAUGCUCAUGGCAGAGCUGGGCCCAGAGGACCAACAAGUGUUUAACUUUGAUGUGCGCCAGCUGAACUGGCAGGAAUACUUCAAAAACUACAUUGUUGGAGUGAAGAAAUAUGUACUGAAAGAGGAUAUGUCUGGAAUCCCCAAAGCCAAGGAACACUUGAAAAAGCUCCAGAACAUGCAGUACCUCUUCAACAUGGCUCUCAUCCUCCUCACCUUCCACCUUCUUAUCACACACUCCCAGGUAGUGCAAAAUAUCUGGUUCUUCCUUGUGAACUUUGGCUACAAGCUCCUCGCCUACUUCUGA